AUGCCUCUUUGGCUCCACGUAAUCCAACAUGCUGGUUUCUUUUUCGCUCAGAUCACUAAUGGAAUAUUAGUAUAUUUGAUCGCAACAAAAGCUCAAAAACUAUUUGGAACAUAUCGUCAUCUAAUGUGUGCUUUUGCGGUCUUCUCCCUAAUUUAUGCCUGGGUCGAAGUGUUCACUCAACCGGUUAUGCACAUAAAAGGUCCAGUGUUCAUAGUCUUCAUGGAUAGCCCUUUGAAAUAUCAAGCAGGAAUUGGAAAUUUUGUUACAUGCCUCUAUUGCGGAUCGUUUGCUCUUGUGAUCUCACUUCUUGCGGCUCAAUUUUCCUACAGAUUUAUUGUCGUUUGCAGACCAGAGUUUUUGCCAAAACUCGAUGGGUUCAAGCUAGUUAUAAUAUUCAUUCCAUGCAUGUUUUUCUUCAUUCUCUGGUUUGAACUGGUUUAUUGGGGUAUGGCAAAUACCAAGGAGAAACAGGAAUAUAUGAGAGAAGAACUGGAAACAUUUUACGAAGAAGAUUCGAGAAAAGUUUGUUUUAUUGCGCCAAUGUAUUGGUCGAUUGGGAAAAAUGGAGAGAAAAUUUGGAAUUUUUUUGAGAUUGGGCUAGCAUUUGGAUGUGUGAUGAUAAUUGUUGUCUGCUUCACGACAAUUCUAUUCUGCUCAAUAAACAUUUAUUAUUUCAUGACAAGCAUCCAGUGUCAUAUGAGCAAAAGAACAUUGGAACUCAAUCACCAACUUUUCGUCACCCUCAGCUUUCAGACUCUUUUACCAUUUGUCAUGAUGUACAGUCCUGUCGGAUUGUUGUUUUGCCUUCCACUAUUUGAAGUUUACGGGGGCGAUAUUGCAAAUUACGUGGGCGCCACUUUAGCUCUCUACCCGGCUUUGGAGCCACUGAUUGCGAUUUUCACUAUCAAUGAGUUCAGAAGGACAUUCAUGAAUCUUCACCGAAAGAAAGUGCAAACAACAGUGACAGUUCCUACCUUGACACCAACAAUGGGAGUUGUUGAUUGA